UUCACAUCAAUGGCCGCCUUCCACGCUGUUCGAUUGCCGGCGACUCAUCUCCCCGGUGGAAUCUCCGUGAACCAGUCACCAUCCAAUCGCAAUCCAAAAACCGUUAUCCGAUUCGGUUACGGAUCUUCGAAACGCAACCGUUUGGUAUCCGUAUUGGCAUCGCAAGGAGAUGGAAAUCGUAACGAAAACUCUCUGAGUGCUGUGGAAGUCAAGAAGAUUCUCGAAGACUCACCUCUGCUUCCUAAGCCGUUAUCAUCAAACCAGCUCGCGGAAACUGUAUCCAACGGCUCUCGUGUUCGUGUAGCCUAUCAGGGAGUAAGAGGUGCAUACAGUGAAUCAGCAGCUGAGAAGGCUUAUCCAAAUUGUGAAGCUGUUCCUUGCGAAGAGUUUGACACUGCUUUUGAAGCGGUUGAGCGGUGGCUUGUUGACCGAGCAGUUUUGCCAAUUGAGAACUCUUUAGGUGGAAGCAUUCAUAGAAACUAUGAUCUUUUGCUGCGACACAAUUUGCAUAUUGUUGGGGAAGUCAAGUUAGCUGUUCGGCAUUGUUUGUUGGCUAACCAUGGUGUGAAGCUUGAAGAUUUGAGAAGGGUGCUUAGCCAUCCACAGGCUCUUGCUCAGUGUGAAAACACGUUAACUAGAUUGGGAUUGGUCAGAGAAGCGGUUGAUGACACUGCUGGUGCUGCAAAGCAAAUUGCAUUCGAGGAUUUAAGUGAUGCAGCUGCAGUUGCGAGCGCCAAAGCUGCAGAGAUAUAUGGGUUGAACAUAGUUGCUGAAGAUAUCCAGGAUGACACUGAUAAUGUGACAAGGUUUCUAAUGCUGGCAAGGGAACCCAUUAUCCCUGGAACGAACAGACUUUUUAAGACAAGUAUAGUUUUCUCGUUGGAGGAAGGGCCUGGAGUACUAUUUAAAGCACUUGCUGUGUUUGCCCUUAGGCAAAUUAACCUCACAAAGAUUGAAAGCCGCCCUUUAAGGAAAAACCCUCUGCGAGCAUCUGGAGGGCUAAAAUACUUUGAUUAUCUUUUCUAUGUGGACUUUGAAGCAUCUAUGGCUGAUGAAGUUGCUCAAAAUGCACUUAGGCAUCUCGAGGAAUUUGCUACCUUUUUGCGGGUACUGGGAAGCUACCCAGUGGACACGACAAUGCUCUAAACAUUUCCAAUAAUGUUUUUGGCAGAUACCGAGGUCUUAGAGCCUAGCGCAGGUGAGCUCCGAGGGGUCACCGGUUCACAUUACAAGAGAUUCAUUCCUCUUUUGUCUUAUGCUUUCUUUUAUAAAGUUAUCUUCAAAAUUUUGUUUAUUCUCUUUUGCAUCAACUCGUGUCUUGUUGAAAAGAUAAACCUUUGGUUUUAGUAGAACUAAAGAAUAGUGAGAUAUCAGAAAACAAAAGCAAAGAAAACUGAUGUACUUAUAUUACUCAGAUUGUUA